UCGCACAUCCAGAGUCAGAGCAGUCAAUCCAUCCUUCGCCGACCGGCGAGAAUGCGCUCAAGUGCUCUCUCCUGGAUCAUCGGGUGCAGAACAGACGUACGGUUAGUGUUUGGAGGGCUUUGGGAAUGAAGGAUCACGCUUGCUUGAGCGCUCGCUGGCUUGUCUUCACCUCAUUCUGGACUCUGGAGGUUUCAUGUUCGUCCAGCAUUUUACUUAUAGUACUGUAGCUACGACGUUGGAUGUCGCUUCUUGCAUCCUAUGUACUACUUACUGUUCUGAACUAGGCCACUGUUUUUCCCGGGACUCCUCCUCUGAUGCUAGCUGGCCCCUCGGACAACGUCAUGCUCUCCACUGGUGGCCCAUAUAAUGUACACCUGCACAACGGAAAUAUCCAUAUAAUACCCUCUCUACCAGCUGAUACUACUCUGCCCCUGAUAUGGAUACUGAAUCGAAGAAGGCGACUUAUCAUUCCCCGGCCUACACGACAGCUGGGGAAACCAUGAUGAGUUUCCAGCCCAUCAAGUCCAUUCAUCAGCAUUUGUGUGCCUUCCAUGUCUAUGCAGACGACCAUACUCGUCAUGUAGAAGCACAUCACUAUUGCACUCACCGCUCUCAUGAUUUCCACCAAUGCAUCAUCUAUGAUUCCGAUGAACCUGGUGCUAGGUUGAUCGGAAUUGAGUAUAUCGUUUCCGAGAAGAUAUUCAAUGAAUUGUCUCAGGAAGAGAAGAAGUAUUGGCAUUCCCAUAAAUAUGAGAUUGAAAGUGGGUUAUUGCAAAUGCAAGUCAAGAGUGCUGUUCCAGUGUCCGCGACCGAUCUAGCGGAGCAGCCUGCAAUGCUAGAGUUACAGCAGACAUAUGGUAAAACCAUCCACACCUGGGCCUAUGACAUCCAUCCCGAAUUUCCUAUUGGUCCGCCCAACCUAAUGAUGGCGUAUACUGCUGAUGGGCAAGGUCCACCUCCUGACAUGCUCAAGAUCCGAGAUGAGAAAUGCGGCAUGGAUACGGAGGCGAAGAGGAAGCUGCGUUCUGGAUACCUGCCACCGUACCAGAAAGUGAGAGAUGCCGAUGAAUGGGAGAAGACUGGCAAGGCCAUUACAUUUGAGGCUGUGGUAAAGGAUAUCAAAAAGUAACAGAUCGGGUCCUCCUUGUGACCGUCAGGCGUCAUGUACACUACUACACUCUCCGAAAUAAUGUUAUCUGAAGAUCCUCAUUUAUAUACUC